GCUCGUCUCAGAACACUUCAAGGUCUAACAAUGGGAUAUUGUUAAUUUCUUCCCGUUCUUUGCUGAGUUGCAUGUCGUCCAUCUACAGCAUUCUUCAUAUUGGAAUUUACUGGUUUUCUACGAUAUUCAACGUUUUGGCUCGACUGUACUAUAAUUCACGGGGUUAGAGUUGGCAACACUGGCGCGGGGAUAUCCAAUAGGAAAAUGGCCGUCGUUCUGGGAAGAAAACACCGAGCCUUGCUACGGACCAUCGGCAAGGCGAAUUCACCCGGCUUCACCCCCACUCGACUCGUGGCCAAGUCUUCGGAGCGUCAGGAUAUCGGCAAGAGAUGGCUGUGCAAACUGUUGGUAAGGAAACUCGAACCGACGAAAGAGUCCCACUCACGGAUGCUCUCGGACAAGGGAAUCAUUUACGCGCUAAGCACGCACAAUAUACGUCCAGACUCUGUCGACAAGUACCUGGCGAAUUACGAGCAAUACGUGAAUCUAAUUCACUCGAAGAAACCUGAAUUGAACUGUGAGCUGAUCGGGUCAUGGAUGGUAGAAGUUGGAGAUCUUGACCAAGCGUUUCAUUUAUGGCAAUAUACCGGUGGCUUCGAGCCCAUCGACCGUGCACAGGCCGUGCUUGGAAAAGAUGAGUCUCACCAGAAAUUGGUCAAGGAGCAAGGGAAUUACUUGAGGUCUCGGCAUUUGCAACACCUAUUGGCAUUUAGUUAUUGGCCUCAGCCGAAAAGUAGAAGUGGCUCGAAUAAGUACGAAAUUCGUAGUUACACUCUGAAGCCAGGUACGAUGAUAGAAUGGGGUAACAAUUGGGCAAGAGCUAUAAAUUAUAGACGUAACAACGACGAAGCCUUUGCCGGUUUCUUUUCACAAAUCGGACGACUCUAUAAUGUACAUCAUAUUUGGUGUUUCAAAGAUCUUCAGGCUCGAAAAGAGAUUCGAGAAAACGCUUGGAGAACGCCUGGCUGGGAUAAAUGCGUGGAAUACACUGUACCAUUAAUACGUGAGAUGCAUUCUCAUAUAUUGAAUCCUACUUCUUUCUCUCCCACAAAGUAACGUUUCUCUGUGAGAAAUCACUUUGCAUUUGUAUCAUAUAAGUAUGCUAUUGUAAUACUGUAAUACUAUUGUAAAAAAAAAAACAUUUACCAUUAUACUGUAUAUCUAGUAAGUGCAGAAUGCAAAGUCCUAGAGAGACGAAAGUUUGAUCGAGCGAAUGUGUACAUACAUGUCUGGUCGUAUGCAAGAAAAAGAAAGAUACGAUUAAUCAGUUUUUGAUUUAAUUUUAUCAGGAAUGAGAUCAAAUUAUUAUGAUUUGUAGGGAAUUUGUCAACCAAAGCACAACAUGAAUGAAAAUAUAAAUAGAGAUCUCUAUGAA